AGCAAACGAUGAACAGAGACAAGGAGAAAGCAGAGAGAGAGAGAGAGAGAGUACAGAAGGAUAUAUUGACUCAAAGCUGGUCUGCAUGCUCCACAGAGUGUGAGAGACAGAGGAUGUGAGAGCAGGCAAGAUGGAGUGCUGGCACAGAUGAAGACUGUCCCUGGUCCCGUCUGACAGUCCACAUGAGUGUCUCCAAGCCCCCACCGCCACCCUCGACCUCCCACCUGGCCAUCCCCCCUUCCUCCGCCUCCACCCCUUCCUCGUCCGCCUCCUCCCCCUCGGCGACGCCCCACUCUAUUGCCCCGCCCCCGCCCUCGCCAGUCAAAAUCUCUAUGCAGGAGCACUUUGCCAUUAACGUGUGCCCAGGGCCCAUCCUCCCCAUCCCACAGAUCUCAGACUUCUUCCCGCGUUUCCACGACUACCCCUGCACGCCGCCACCUCCCAGGGAGAAGAAGAUCCUGAAAGAGGAGACUUUCAAUGGGGAGACGGGCGGAGGGUACAAGGAUGGCGAGAGAAGAGGGGAGAAUGAGGGAGACAGGGAGGAGCUGAUCGACUCUGAUGAUGAUGACACCUACCUGGGAACGCUGGAGUUCAACCUGCUCUUUGAUCAAGAAAACAACUGUCUGCAUUGUACUAUUCACAAGGCAAAGGGACUGAAAGCCAUGGACUCCAAUGGGCUGGCUGAUCCAUACGUCAAGCUGCAUCUUCUCCCUGGGGCUAGCAAGGCAAACAAACUACGCACAAAAACCCUGAAAAACACACUGAAUCCAGUGUGGAACGAAACGCUGGUGUAUCACGGCAUCACUGCAGCAGACAUGACCACCAAAACGCUCAGGCUGUGCGUCUGUGACAUGGACAGACUAGGACGAAAUGAAUUCAUCGGAGAGGUGAGAGUGGCUCUGAAGAAACUGAAAGAAGGCGAGAACAAACGCUACAACAUGGGCCUGGAGAGAAUUGCACAGAAUAAAGAAACUAACAAUCAAACACAGGAGCAGGGAGCACUAGUUGCAGAAGAGGAGCGUGGCCGCAUCCUGGUGUCACUGUGCUAUAACACAGAGAAGGGCUGCUUGCUGGUUGGGAUCAUACGCUGCGCCCAUCUGGCCGCCAUGGACUCCAACGGCUACUCUGACCCCUUUGUCAAAACCGUCUUACAGCCAGAUAUGGGGAAAAAGUCCAAAUACAAGACUUCCGUGAAGAAAAAGACUCUCAAUCCCGAAUUCAAUGAGGAGUUUUCAUAUGAAGUAUCCUUGGACCAGCUGGCGAAGAAGACCCUGGAGAUCACUGUGUGGGACUAUGACUUGGGAAUGAGCAACGACUUCAUAGGAGGAGUGGAGCUGGGCAUCAAUGCGAGCGGAGAGAGACUCAAACACUGGUUCGAGUGUCUCAAAAACAAAGGGAAGAAAGUCGAGUACUGGCAUACGCUCACGCAGCAAGGAGCCCCAAGCAGUGACAAACCGGACUAGAUUAUACAAGACAUUCAUGAUACAAACGCAUAAAUGCACACACAUGCAAAUGCACUAUACCACACACACACACACACAUAUUUAUGUCUCACUGAACGAUGGCCGAUAACAGAGUGUGAGUAAGGGAGAAAUAAGAACAAAGGAUAAAACAUGCAAUAACAAUACUGUUCAAAAUCUGUCUCAUAUUGCCAAUAAAUACGGCGCAGAGUAUUAGUAUAUGAUAUUCAUACUAAUAUUAGUGAUGGUAAUAAGGUGUAAUCUGAAUACUUUUUUUUUCCAAGGUAAACCAAAUUGUGACAAUGUCCUCAUUAAAGUGUUGACGUAA